ACCAAAUAAAUAAAUUUGUAUAAAUACCCUGUAAAUAUUCGAAUAAAUUAGUCUAACACCAGGCUCGCUAUUAUUAGAUACUGCAAUAGUAUCAACUCCUGAAUACCGCAAGGUAUCAACCAUCGGAUGCUGUACCAGUGCUACAUCUCAUCAUAGACACAGCAAUGUGUCCAACGCUUUUAUAAAUCGGUUCUUCUCAGAACCACAACUUUGCUAGUCACAUCUCUCAUCUCAUACGACAGAGAGUGGCUACAGUGGUGACCCCAACGUGAUGAACAGCAGGAUCCAUCACUGGAAUAGUCGUCAACGAAGGAAGGAACGUCGUCUUGCCCGUCUAGUCGCCCAACUACAAGCCUCAACUCCGAUCCCUGUGUCUGGCGAACCUUCACAUCUGGACCAAUAUCUCCAGCAUCAACGUUUUUUGCGUUCGUCUCCGUCGAAGGAAGAGAUUGUAAUUGCACAAUCUGCCGCUGGUAGUGCAACUGCCUCGCCCCUGGACCGGAGCGACUGGCUCGUCUUCUUAAUACUCUCAUUACAGAUAAUCAGCCUCCUGUGGACGGCCUACCGUGAGUAUCAGCGACACAUAUAACGGCACAUAAACAAAGAGGUUGCCCAGGCCAGCCGCAACGUGAACGCCUAAUCAUGUCGCGUCCUCAAAACGCCGAUCCUCCCUCCGCCGUCGACUGACUGACCGUGAAGUUGCCACCCUUCGUGCCGUUCGAUCCUGAGCUUUGGUUUUGCAUGGUGGAACGAAGCUUUGAGGCCUCCGGAAUUACAUCGGAAUCAACAAGGUUCGGAUAUGUAUUGGGCAAUUUGGAUCCACGUUACGCAGCCGAAGUGCGUGACAUCAUCAUCAUCAACCCACCGGCGACUGAACCAUAUGCCACCAUCAAGGCAGCACUCAUUCGUCGGCUUAGCAUCUAACAAGAGGCUCGCACCAAACAGUUGCUUGGACAUGAAGAAAUUGGGAACAGAAAACAGAAGUCUCUUUUCUAGGUUAUUCUGUCUCGGCAAAUGGAAUACGCCCUUUACCCGACAGAGUAACAGCAAUCUUCAAUUUCCCUAAACCUACUACCGCAAAACAAUUGCGACGAUUCCUGGGUAUGCUCAACUUCUACAGAAAGUUUCUGCCUAACGCUGCCCGCACUCAUUCAGCUCUGAAUGAACUUUUACUGGGGAAAAUCAAAGGAAAUGCACCACUAUAAU